AUGAACCGUGGGCAUCUCAUGCCGACACCGUCCAAGUACUCGGAUAGGCCUGGCAUGUGGGGUCCCGGAGUUGGACCACCGAAAGACACACUCGCUCGUCGGUCAAUGUUUUUCCGCAUGCUGGUAAUGAACAAAAUAGGACGCCUGACGAAGCCGUUCCGCACCAAUCGCGCUCGAUGGGUUUGGCGCAAGACGCAGUUGCAGCUUUGGAAGACAUUUGUGAUGUCCAUGGUGUUUAUGUGCGUAAUACUCUUUGGGAAUAUAUGGUUGACGUUUGUGUAUCAUGCCUACACAGUGGGCCCCACAACACCUGUGCUUGAGCGCAAAGUGCGUGAACACCGAGUUUCGAAGCAGAUUCUGCAAAUGGUGAGGGAGAGAGAAAAGGAAAUGGUGCGGGAAGAGGAGUUGGAAGCAGCCAAGCAGACGAUAGCAGCCCAAAAGGCCACAAAGUAG